AUGAUUAUUCCGAUCCGCUGCUUCUCUUGUGGCAAGGUCACUGGCGACCUGUGGGAGCGGUACCUGCAACUGAUCGCGGACCCCAGGAAAACUGACGGCGACGCUAUGGAUGAGCUCGGCCUCAAGCGCUACUGCUGCCGCCGCAUGAUCAUGACCCACGUCGACCUCAUCGAGAAGCUGCUCAAGUAUACCCCCGACGGCCGAAACGAGAAGAAGCAGCGGUUGAACGAGGUCGCCUAG